GCCCCGGCGGAGCGCAGGACUGGCCAUGGCCGGGGGCCGGGGACUCCUGCUGCCCCUGCUGCUGGCGGGACUGGCCAGCCCGGGGAACGCCCAGGGGUUGCAGCCCCAGAAAGGUUUAUUUCCCGCCGUGCUGAAUCUUGCCACUAAUGCCAUCAUCACCACCAACGCUACAUGUGGAGAACGGAACUCUGAAAUGUACUGCAAGCUGGUCGAGCAUGUCCCUGGGCAGCCUGUGAGAAAUCCACAGUGUCGUAUCUGCAAUCAGAACAGCAGCAUUCCGUACCAGAGGCAUCCGAUAACGAAUGCAAUUGAUGGCAAAAACACUUGGUGGCAGAGUCCCAGCAUUAAGAAUGGGAUUGAAUAUCAUUAUGUGACCAUCACCUUGGAUCUGCGGCAGGUGUUCCAGAUUGCAUAUGUCAUCGUGAAGGCGGCCAACUCUCCACGGCCUGGAAAUUGGAUUCUGGAACGCUCACUUGAUGGGAUCGAAUUCAAGCCGUGGCAGUACCAUGCUGUCACUGACACAGAGUGCCUGACCCGCUACAAUAUUCAUCCCCGUACUGGACCACCAUCCUAUGCCAAAGAUGAUGAGGUUAUCUGCACCUCCUUUUAUUCCAAGAUCCAUCCCCUGGAAAAUGGAGAGAUUCACACAUCUUUGAUCAAUGGAAGACCCAGUGCCGAUGAUCCUUCCCCUGAACUCCUGGACUUCACUUCUGCUCGUUACAUUCGCCUGAGAUUUCAGAGGAUCCGGACACUGAAUGCCGACCUGAUGAUGUUUGCCCACAAAGAUCCCAGAGAAAUUGAUCCCAUAGUGACCAGAAGAUAUUACUACUCAGUCAAGGAUAUUUCUGUUGGCGGGAUGUGUAUCUGCUAUGGUCAUGCAAGAGCUUGCCCUCUUGAUCCAGCAACAAAUAAAUCUCGCUGUGAGUGUGAACACAACACCUGUGGAGAUAGCUGCGAUCAGUGCUGUCCAGGCUUUCACCAAAAGCCUUGGGAAGCUGGGACCUUUCUCCUCAAGACUGAAUGUGAAGCAUGCAAUUGUCAUGGAAAGGCUGAAGAGUGCUAUUAUGAUGAAAAUGUCGCCAGCAGAAAUCUGAGUCUGAACAUCAAUGGAAAGUACAUCGGGGGUGGUGUGUGCAUUAACUGUACCGAAAACACCACAGGCAUCAACUGCGAAUCAUGCAUUGACGGCUUCUUUCGGCCAAAAGGGGUCACACCCAAUGAUCAACAACCAUGCCAUCCUUGUUACUGUGAUCCUAUUGGAUCUUUGAGUGACAUCUGUGUCAAGGAUGAGAAAAAUGCCAGACGAGGACUACUCCCUGGAUUCUGCCAUUGCAAAAGUGGAUUUGGAGGACGGAGUUGUGAUCGGUGUGCCUUGGGGUACAUUGGCUACCCUGACUGCAUUCGCUGUAACUGCACUGUGAUGGGGAGCACAAAUGAAGACCCCUGCAUUGGGCCCUGUAUCUGCAAGGAGAACGUUGAGGGAGAAGACUGUAGUCGCUGCAAAGCAGGCUUCUUCAAUCUGCAACAGGACAAUCCCAAAGGCUGUGAGGAGUGUUUUUGUUCAGGGGUGUCAACUACCUGCACAGACUCCUACUGGACAUAUAAGAAAAUUCACGACAUGAACGGCUGGUAUUUGACUGACUUACCUGGCCUUGUUAGAGUUGGACCUCUGCAGGAUGACUUUGACAGACCACAGGAACUCAGCUUCAACAGUGAGGAUGCCAGGACGAAACUACCUCAGACAUAUUACUGGACAGCCCCAGGCCCUUAUCUGGGUAACAAACUGACCGCAGCAGGAGGACAACUGAUGUUUACUAUCUCUUACGACUUGACAGAACAGAUCAAAGCUGUGGAAAACAUACUUCCGCUCAGUGUUAUCCUAGAGGGAAGUGGCCUGCGAAUCAGCUCGACCCAGGAGGGGAUGCACUUACAGCCAUCUGAAGAGCACACUAAUGUGGUGCUGCUUCAACCCGAAUCAUUCACUAUGCACAACAGUGCUUCCCCAAUCAGCAGAAAAGAAUUCAUGAUGGUCCUCGUGAAUAUAAAGCGGCUCCUCAUUCAGGCCACAUACAGCUUUGGGAUGGAUGCCAUCUUCAGGUUAAAGUCUGUUCACCUUGAAUCAGCAGUUCCUUAUCCCACAGAUGGAGACAUUGCCAGUGCUGUGGAACUAUGCCAGUGUCCUCCUGGAUACAGUGGUGCUUCUUGUGAAAAGAAAGAUCAAGCUAAUACUUCCUCUAAUCUCACACCUGCCAAUAAAACUAAGUCCUGCUGGCCAAGGCACCGGAGAGUGAAUGGGACGCUCCUAGGUGGGAUUUGUGAGCCAUGCCAAUGCUUUGGCCAUGCGGAGUCCUGCGAUGAUGUGACCGGAGAAUGCCUGGACUGCAAGGACCACACAGGUGGCCCCUUCUGUAAUAGAUGUCUUCCUGGUUUCUAUGGUGAUCCAACUGAAGGGACCACCGAUGACUGUCAUCUGUGUGCCUGCCCAUUAAAUAUACCAUCGAACAAUUUUAGCCCAACAUGCCACCUAGACCGAAGGCUCGGACUGGUAUGCGAUGAAUGUCCUUUUGGGUACAUGGGAUCACGCUGUGAGAGAUGUGCAGAAGGCUAUUUUGGACAACCAUCAGUACCUGGAGGAUCAUGUCAGCCAUGCCAAUGCAGUGACAACCUUGACUUCUCCAUCCCUGGCAGCUGUGACAGCUUGUCUGGAGCUUGUCUGAUAUGCAAGCCAGGUACAACAGGCCGGUACUGUGAGCAGUGUGCUGAUGGAUAUUUUGGAGAUGCCGUUCAUGCAAAGAACUGUCAGCCCUGUCAGUGCAACAUCAAUGGCUCAUUAUCGGAGGUUUGCAACACUAAGACAGGGCAGUGCAAAUGCAGAGCCAAUGUUCAAGGACGUCGGUGUGAUGAGUGCCAGCCUAAAACCUUUGGCCUGCAGUCUUCGAGAGGCUGUGUUCCUUGCCACUGCAACUCCUUUGGCUCCAAGAGCUUUGACUGCGAAGAGAGCGGGCAGUGUUGGUGCCAACCCGGUGUCGCGGGGAAGAAAUGCGACCGCUGUGCUCAUGGAUACUACCGAUUCGAAGAGGGAGGAUGCACCCCCUGCCAGUGUUCCCAUCUAGGCAACAACUGUGACCCCAACACCGGCCGCUGCAUCUGCCCUCCGAACACCCGGGGAGAGAAGUGUGAUAUGUGCACCCCUAAUUCUUGGGGCCACAGCAUUGUCCAUGGGUGCAAGGCUUGUAACUGCAGUGCUGUUGGAUCACUUGCCUUCCAGUGUAAUGUAAAUACUGGUCAAUGCCCCUGCCGCCCAGAGUUUUCAGGGCCGAAAUGCUCCGAAUGUAGACUGGGGCACUGGAAUUACCCGCAGUGUGAUCUCUGUGACUGCUCCCUCGCAGGGACUGAGCCGCGGACCUGCCACGCAGAGAUUCAGAAAUGUUCCUGUGCCGAUCGCACAGGACAAUGCAGCUGUAAGGUGAAUGUGGAAGGUCUCCACUGUGACAAGUGCCGGCCUGGAAAAUUUGGACUUAACGCCAACAACCCCCUUGGCUGUAGCGACUGCUAUUGCUUCGGCACGACAACUCAGUGCAUCGAAGCAAAGGGACUGAUCCGAACGUGGAUCACUCUGAAAUCUGAACAGACCAUCCUGCCACUGGUGGAUGAAGGACUCCAGCACACAACCACAAAAGGGAUUAUGUUCCAGCACCCAGAGAUUGUGGCAAAUAUGGAGCUUGUAUUGCAGGAGUUCCGAAUGGAACCCUUUUAUUGGAAACUUCCAGAGCAAUUUGAAGGAAAGAAGUUGAACGCUUACGGUGGCAAGCUGAAGUAUGCAAUUUAUUUUGAAGCUCGGGAGGAAACGGGCUUCUCCACCUAUAACCCCCAAGUCAUCAUUCGAGGUGGCACUGCGACUAAUGCUAGAAUUAUUGUCCAUCAUGUAGCAGCUCCGUUGAUUGGCCAACUCACAAGACAUGAGAUAGAAAUGACAGAGAAUGAGUGGAAAUACUUUGGUGAUGACCCUCGAAUCAGUAGGACGGUGACGCGGGAGGACUUCUUGAAUGUACUCUAUGACAUUCAUUACAUUCUUAUCAAGGCUACUUAUGGAAAUAUCAUGCGACAAAGCAGGAUUUCGGAAAUAUCACUGGAAGUAGCUGAGAAAGGAAAUAUAUCAGCAUUGACUCCACAAGCUCGUUUGAUUGAAAAAUGUGAAUGUCCCCCAGGGUAUUCCGGCUUGUCUUGUGAGGCGUGUGUGCCAGGAUUUUAUAGAUUAUCUUCAGAACCCAGUGGUCAGAGAACUGGAUUAACCCUUGGCACCUGUGUUCCAUGCCAGUGCAACGGGCACAGCAGUUUCUGUGACCCUGAAACGUCUAUCUGUCAGAACUGUCAGCACAAUACUGCUGGAGACUCUUGUGAAAGGUGUACUGUUGGGUACUAUGGGAUAGUCAGGGGAUUACCAGAUGACUGUCAGCGUUGUGCUUGCCCUCUAAUCAGUUCAAGCAACAAUUUCAGCCCCUCUUGUGUCCUGGAAGGAUUGGAUGACUACCGCUGCACGGCCUGUCCACGUGGAUAUGAGGGCCAGUAUUGUGAAAGAUGUGCCCCUGGCUACACCGGUAACCCCAGCAGCCCUGGAGGCUCCUGUCAAGAAUGUGAGUGUAAUCGCUAUGGAGCGCUGCCUGUCCCCUGUGACCGGGUCACGGGGCAGUGCACGUGCCGACCUGGAUCCACGGGCCUGAAGUGUGCAGGCUGCAAGCCCUGGCAUGCGCGUGAAGGCACGGACUGCAUGUUUUGUGGUGAUGAAUGCACAGGACUUCUUCUCGGAGACUUGGCUCGCCUGGAACAGAUGGCUUCAAGCGUCAACCUGACUGGGCCACUCCCAGCCCCAUAUAAAAUGCUGCACAAUUUUGAAAAUGUGACUCAGGAGCUGAAGCAUUUGCUGUCACCUCAGCGGGCACCAGAGAGACUUCUUCAGCUUGCAGAGAGCAACUUAAAUACACUUGUGACUGAAAUGGAUGAGCUUCUGACCAGAGCUACCAAGGUGACAUCAGAUGGUGAACAAACUGGACAGGAUGCUGAGAGAACCAAUAUGAGAGCAAAGACCCUAGAAAAACUGAUCAAUGAAAUCGUUCAGGAUGCAGAAGCUGUAAAUUGGAAAGCUGUGAAACUGAAUGAAACUCUUGGAGUCCAGGACAAGACUUUAGAGAAGAGUGUUCAGGAUCUGCAACAAGAGAUCGAUCAGAUGAUGGCAAAACUAAGAAGGAAAAAUCUGGAUGCCCAACAAGAAAUAGCCCAGGAUGAGUUGGUAGCUGCUGAAGCCCUCCUGAAGAAAGUGAAGAAACUCUUUGGAGAACCCCGGGUAAAGAGCGAAGAACUUGAGAAUGAGGUGCGGGAGAAACUGGAAGAUUACCAAAGCAAAGUAAAUGAUGCCAGAGACCUUCUAAGAGAAGCCACUGAUAAAAUCAGAGAGGCUGAAGGUUUAACUGCAGAAAACCAGAAAAAUAUGACUGUUUUGGAGAGUAAGAAGCAAGCUGUAGAGAGUGGCAAACAAGAAGCUGAAAAUACCUUAAAAGAGGGGAAUGACAUACUGGGUGAAGCCAACCGUCUUGUAGAUGAAAUCAGCUCUAUAAUAGAUUACGUGGAAGACAUUCAGCUGAAGUUGCCCACAAUGUCUGAAGAGCUUAAAGAUAAAAUAGGUGAUCUGUCCCAAGAGAUAAACGAUAGAAAGCUUCCAGAGAAAGUGGUACAAGCUGAAAGCCAUGCAGCCCAACUGAAUGCUUCAUCUGCAGUCCUGGAUGGGAUCCUAGAAGAAGCUAAAAAUAUUUCCUUCAAUGCCACUGCUGCCUUCAAAGCCUACAGUAAUAUCAAGGACUAUAUCGAUGAAGCCGAGAAUACUGCCAAGGAAGCCAAAGCUAAAGCGAAUGAAGCUUCACAACUGGCAUCUGGUCCUCAAGGAUCAUUGAAAGAUAAUGCGAAAGGUGCUCUUCAGAAAAGCUUCAAAAUUCUUAAUGAGGCCAAGAACUUAGCAAACACUGUUAAGGAAAAUGAGGAUGAACUGGGGAGCCUGAAAGUCAGGCAGCAAAAUGCUGGUGAAAAGAACACUGGUCUUCACCGAGCAUUGAAUGACACACUGGACAAGCUGUCAGCCAUUCCAAAUGAUACUGCCACCAAACUUUUAGCCGUCAAGGACAAGGCCCGGCAGGCCAACAGCACUGCAAGAGAUGUCCUCGCUCAGGUCAAAGACAUCAACAAGAACCUCACCGGCCUGAGGAACAAUUACAACAAAUUGGCAGAUGAUGUGGCCCAAACAAACGCUGUGGUGAAAGAUCCAAUGAAGAACAAAAUCAUUGCAGAGGCAGAUGCCACUGUCAAAAACCUAGAACAAGAAGCUGAUCGACUGCUAGAUAAACUCAAACCAAUAAAGGAACUUCAAGAUAAUCUAAAGAAAAACAUCUCAGAGAUAAAAGAACUUAUAAACCAAGCCCGGAAGCAAGCCAAUUCUAUCAAAGUCUCGGUGUCCUCUGGGGGCGACUGCAUUCGUACAUACAAACCUGAAAUCAAGAAAGGAAGCUACAAUAGCAUCAUUGUCAAUGUGAAGACAGGUGUUGCUGACAACCUCCUCUUCUACCUUGGAAGUGUCAAGUUUACUGACUUUCUGGCUAUAGAAAUGCGCAAGGGCAAAGUCAGUUUCCUCUGGGAUGUAGGAUCUGGAGUUGGGCGUGUGGAGUAUCCAGAUUUGACUAUUGAUGACUCUUAUUGGUACCGCAUCGAAGCUUCAAGGACUGGGAGAAAUGGGACCAUUUCAGUUCGUGCCCUGGAUGGACCUAAAGCCAGCAUUGUGCCGGGCACCUACAGCUCAGCCUCCCCCCCAGGUUAUACGAUCCUAGAUGUGGACUCCAAUGCGAUGCUGUUUGUGGGAGGCCUGACUGGGAAACUGAAGAAAGCUGAUGCGGUCAGAGUCACUACCUUCACUGGCUGUAUGGGAGAAACGUUCUUUGACAGCAAACCCAUCGGGCUGUGGAAUUUCCGUGAUACAGAAGGAGACUGCAAAGGAUGUACAGUCAGUCCGCAGGUGGCAGACAGCGAGGGCACAAUCCAGUUUGAUGGCGAAGGCUACGCUGUAGUGAGCCGCCCAAUACGCUGGUACCCCAACAUCUCAACUGUCAUGUUCAAGUUUAGGACCUUUUCGUCCAAUGCUCUACUGAUGUAUCUCGCCACCCGAGACUUGAAAGACUUCAUGAGUGUAGAGCUCACUGAUGGGCAUAUAAAAGUCAGCUAUGAUCUGGGAUCCGGCAUCGCUUCUGCUAUGAGUCACCAGAACUACAAUGAUGGAAAAUGGAAAUCCUUCACCCUGUCCAGAAUUCAAAAACAAGCCAAUGUAUCAAUUUUAGACAUAGAAACGAACCAGGAAGAGAAUGUUGCUACUUCCUCUUCAGGGAAUAACUUUGGCCUUGACUUGAAAGCAGAUGAGAAGAUAUAUUUUGGUGGAUUGCCUACACUGCGAAACCUGAGUAUGAAAGCCAGGCCCGAGGUAAACUUGAAGAAAUAUUCCGGUUGCCUCAAAGAUAUUGAAAUCUCCCGGACACCAUACAAUAUACUCAGCAGCCCCGAUUACGUUGGCGUGACCAAAGGAUGUGCCCUUGAGAAUGUUUACACCGUUAGCUUUCCCAAACCUGGUUUCGUGGAAUUACCACCUGUCUCAUUUGAUGUGGGGACUGAAAUCAAUCUAUCCUUCAGCACUAAAAAUGAGUCUGGGAUCAUUCUGUUGGGUAACAGUGGGGCGCCCGCUGCACCCAGGAGGAAACGCAGACAGACCGGACAGGCCUAUUAUGCGAUAUUCCUCAACAAUGGCCGGCUGGAAAUACAUCUCUCCUUGGGGACCCGAACAGUGCGCAAAAUCAUCAUCAAGCCAGAGCCAAGCCCCUUUCAUGAUGGCAGAGAGCAUUCUGUUCAUCUGGAGAGAUCGAGAGGCCUGUUUACUGUUCAGGUGGACGAAGAGAGGAGUCACAUGCAGAAUCUGACAACGCAACAGCCUAUUCCUGUUAAAAAACUAUUUGUCGGGGGAGCCCCUCCUGAAUUCCAGCCAUCACCUCUCCAGAACAUACCUCCCUUCGAAGGCUGCAUCUGGAAUCUUGUUAUAAAUUCGGUCCCCAUGGACUUUGCUAGACCUGUGUCCUUCAAAAACGCAGACAUCGGUCGGUGCACUGAGACAAAGCCCACUGAUGAGGGUGAAGUGACGUCAGUAGAGAGCCUUUUCCCGCCAGAGCAGGGUCCUGAGAAGGAGACAGAGCUCAUGCCUUCCACUCCGACAUUUCCCCAACCAACCCCGUCACCAGUUCUUGUCCACGGACCCUGUGCUGCUGAUACAGAACCAGCCAUUCUAUUGGACGGCAAGCAGUUUGGUCUGUCAAAACACAGCCAUGUUGCAAUUGCAUUUGAUGACACCAAAGUUAAAAACCGACUCACAGUUGAACUGGAAAUCAGAACAGAAGCAGAGUCUGGACUGCUCUUUUAUAUGGCAAGAAUCAACCAUGCCGAUUUUGCGACAGUGCAGCUUAAGAACGGCAUGCCCUAUUUCAGUUACGACUUGGGAAGCGGCAACACCAGUACUAUGAUUCCCACCCAAAUCAAUGACGGCCAAUGGCACAAGAUUAAAAUUAGCCGAGUCAAGCAGGAAGGAAUUCUUUAUGUAGACGGAGCUUCAAGCAGGACCACCAGCCCCAAGAAAGCUGACAUUCUGGAUGUUGUGGGGAUGUUGUAUGUAGGCGGUUUGCCCUUUAACUACACCACAAGAAGAAUUGGUCCGGUGACCUACAGUAUUUCUGGUUGCAUCCGGAACCUGAAAAUGGAGGAGGCCCCCAUUGAUCUGGAGAAUCCAACAUCCAGCUUCCACGUCGGCACCUGCUUAGCCAGUAAUCAGAAAGGCAACUACUUCGAUGGAACAGGUUUUGCCAAAACAGUUGGAGCAUAUAAAGUGGGAACUGAUCUUUUGGUGGAGUUGGAAUUCCGAACAACUCGGAUGAAUGGUGUCCUCCUAGGAAUCAGUGGCCAGAAAAUGGAUGGGUUGGGCAUUGAGUUGGUGGAUGAGAAAGUGCUCUUCCACGUGGACAAUGGUGCAGGCAGGUUCUCUGCUACCUAUGACUCUGGUGUCCCAGGCACUUUGUGUGAUGGUCAGUGGCACAAGGUCACUGCCAACAAGCUCAAACACCACCUUGAGUUGACAGUGGAUGGGAACCAGGUAGAAAGCCAGAAUCCAAAUGCCGCAUCCACCUCAGCUGAUACGAAUGAUCCUGUGUUUGUUGGAGGGUAUCCUGAUGGCCUCAAUCAAUUUGGCCUGACAACUAAUAUCCGGUUCAGAGGAUGUAUCAGAUCCCUGAAGCUGACCAAAGGCACCACCAAACCACUAGAGAUUAAUUUUGCCCGAGCCUUGGAGCUAAGAGGAGUUCAGCCUGGAUCAUGCCCUGCCAGCUGAUCACGAACGAUUGAAGACUGAAUCAUGCCUCUUGACCCUAUGUAUCCUGCAAAAGCAAUAUACUUCAGCUAUGUAUGUUAGUAAAAUGCCCUCAUGCAAUGACUACAAAUUCUAGCUGUGACAUGUUCCCCUGGUGCACUCUCAGAGUGGAUCACAAAGUGAAAUUUUAAUUUGCCAACUCUGUUGUAUUGUGUUCUCCCAAAUGCUUCGUAAAUGCUCUGCACAUAGUAAGUGCUCAAUAAAUACCACUGAGUGAUUGAUUGAUUUA